AUGUUACGUGUGGGUAAAGGCUGCGGCAACAGCUCACUGCAUGAGGCCCUGUUUAAAAGCAUCAUGGAGGCGAGCAAUGGGGAGCAUACGGGCUCCGCUGGCGACGUGUUGGCGUUGUCGCAGUUGGAGACUCUUGCUGACAUGAUAGGUGUUUCAUUAGAUGACAGUUCCAUGUAUCGUCUCGCUUGGAGCUGGUCCUGCCAGAGACCGCUUGUUAUUACAAAGGCUGAGUUUAUGAAGGGCAUGAAAAUGCUAGAGGCGUCCCCAAAAAGAACGAAACCAAACUUAGUUACCCAUAACUUUUCAAUAAAGGCACCAAGGCCGGAGUUUGGGCCGUGCCUUGCUUUGAUACGGUCUCAUGUGGACGAAAUGGAUGAGUUGCUACAUAGGGACUCUCAACAAUUCAGACAAUUCUACCGCUUCAUAUUUGGAUGGGUGCGGUCGCCCGAGACCACGGCCAGGGGUGUAGGCGAAGUGGGGAUGAAUGUGGAGACAGCUGUGGAGUUAUGGCGGAUGCUGUUUCCUGAAUAUAAAACUUUUCUACAUCUGGAGGAUUGGAUAUCAUUUUGUACAAAUGAGGAACUCUUUCAACGUGGCGCCAUUAGUCGCGAUCUUUGGGAACAGCUCUUGGAGUUUACAUCUUUAACUCGCUAUGACGCUUACGACGUUAAUGAUGCGUGGCCAAGCGUCAUUGACGACUUUGUAGAACAUUACAAGGCCCAACGCCAGCUCACUGAGGGAGAGAGUUGA